CAGGAGUACAUUCUUCCUUGCAAGUUGGGGGAGAGAAACCUUUCCGAAUAUAUGACACGACGACGAAACAUAAGGUCUAUCAUAAUCCGUAGAAAUGACCCAUGACGGGGAUGAGGAUCAGGCGGAAGAGAACCUCAGCGGCGCCUACCUUACAUUGUAUCGCCAGCACUUGAACGACGCGCAAUCCCAUCUAUCUGGCAAGGUCGAAGAGUCUUUACCUUCGUCCUACUAUCCCCCAUCGAGCUACUGGACGUCUUCCGAGAAGGACAAGUUCUUCCGCGCGCUUUCUGUUCAUUCAAGGCUCAGGCCGGACCUUAUAUCUGCGGAAAUAGGCACCAAGACCAUCUCUGACGUCUGUAUAUACUUGGAUUUACUGGAAUGCGCCUCUGCGACUACGGAAGCUAGGAUCCCGCGCGCGGAUCUCGAAGCAGCGACUGAAGUUUCGGAGAAAUGGAUCACCUUUGAGGCCGAGCAAGCUGCGCUGCUAGCCUACCUUGAGCCUGGAUGGUACCAGUCUAGUCUGACUGCAGGAAGGGAAUGCGCGCGCGAGGAGAAGCGGAGAGAACUGAGGGUUAGGAAAGGUCAGGGCAAGGCGCGUUCCGCCCAGCGCGAUCGGGAAGGUGAGAUUGAACGGCGACAACUAUUCAACGACUGGAAAGAGGCGCGAGAGAAAGAGUGGAAGAAGCGUGAUGCGCUCGAGUUCCUGGAUUACCCGCGACUGAGAGUGCUUGAGGCCAUGCUGCGUGAAGAUGAAGAUAACGCUACAGAAUUCGAAGUCCAGCAGAGCGCGGACGAGCAUGCAGAGCAAGAAUGCGAUCCCGAGCAAAGCCAAACUGCCCCUGUUACGUCCCGUACACCACCUGCGGACGCAGGGAUCAGUGACGAGGUGAUUGAUCCCGUGCUUCUGGCAGAGUCUGGACUCAAGCCGUCCGCCCCUCGGGCCGCAGAGCUUCAUCAAGUUGCUGCUAUGGCUGAGCCUGCAGCUUCUCAAUCCCAAGUUGCUUCGAGCAGCCAGAUUCUGUUCCCUCAAGUUCCCUCCGGGAUGCCUUUUCCUCAUCAAGAUUCCGAAGGGUCUCCGAAUGAGUUUGGACCGGGAAUCUCGCCCAAAGUAGAUACCGAAGGACUCGACGCUGAAAUGAAAGAUAUCACAACACUAUCUCCGCGGUCUCGACGCCAGCAUCAAAAACGGCUGUACAUGCGGCGAAAGCGGGCGAUGAUCUCCGGGGCAAAUAUUAUCGAGCACGUCGGUAAAUUGAAGCCUGGGCGUAAGACGCAUAGUGUCGUGCCGCGCGUUCGCAAGGCUACCACGGAGGCCGCUGCAGAACAAGUAGGCCGUGGUGAAAGAGCGAUGGACUUAGAUGUGGAUGUCACCCCGGAGAGCGUUGUAGCUGUCAUCCAGGAUACUCCAGGAGCUGAAUCAGAAGGAGCUGACAAGGAGGCACAGCUACGGAAGCGCAAGAUCUCUGGUAAGACGCUCCCGUAUAGAUUCAAGGCGGAGUUGGAAGAGCUCGGGGUCGACACUGCGUUCCUGCGUGAUAAUCACAUGAGCCUUUUCCAUCCUGCGGGGUUCGGGAGGUUGAUGAGACUUUACGGGUCGUUGCAGCCGGACGAUGAGAAUUCCACGGUAGCUAUCGCUGGCUCCACUAUCCAAUUUUUCCAUUCCCACUUGGUACAUUUCGUCGAGGAAGCCGUUCAGCGAGCUAUUGUCUCGCGAGAACAGGAGCUACAAAUGAAGCUUCAUACGAAAGUAUGGCGGGUUUCGGACGAUCAGGUCGUGCCUCGUAAUGUUGCCCACGCUCUUGAAAUGAUGGGCGUCAGAGAUACUGACAAGCACUCUGUCUUUGAGAGGCUGUCGGACAGGUAUGGCUGUGUCAGUGACGCGAAGGCUCGUGCUACGGAGAACUUCAAGAAGAAAGUAGCCGCUCGCAACGCUCAGGAUAAGGCUUUCAAUCGCACGGCGAGUCACAACAGCGCGGCCGAGUGUGAUGGGCGGAGUACGGACGGAGAAGACUCUCAGUUCCGAGACCCGGCUCUAGGCCAAUCUGCACUGUCUUCCAUCCCUCUGCACAGGGACAUCUACGCUCCUGUGGUCCGACUCUCGGCCGCGCCGUCAGAUAUCCUUCCAGGCCCAUCCCGGACCACUCGACAGCCCCAUGCGUCGAGAACUAUCUCCGAUUACGCAGAUAUGGACUCCUUGAUGCCUGCCGAAACCGAGGAAGAGGCAUUGCUGGCGGAGCUGCUGGAGGAGGAUGAGUUGGACCAAGAAGAUUGUGCCCUCGAUACUCGAAACGAAGAGGAUCUCUGGGCACUCAUCAGUGCUCGUGAGACUCCCACCACUACCUCGAAGUCCAGGUAUAAAAGCAAGGCGUACAUAGACGACAGUGAUUAGGUCGUGCGUCGGCGGAUAGACUUCUGUCGUAUAAAGCUAGUACUACUACUGUACGCGUACAUGCGUAUCAACAUCGUUCUAUUUCUUCAUGUCCCGGGUCUCACGAUCCUCUUACAUUGCAGACCCUAGCCAGAAUAUCAAGUACUCAAUCUCGAUCGGAGGGAUUGACAGUGCCACCUUGCGGCACGUUGUCAAGAAUGAGCCUGAUGAGUUCCUCGUGAUCUUCAACGAGUAUGUGCGGAUAGAAAUUAAUCUUGUAAGCUGUAUCGAAAUCGACAAGGCGUAAUCCAUAUGACCGGUGACGAUAGGGUGAUACUAGGGAUGGAAGAGCGGGAGGGGAUUUCGGGGCCAGUAAGACAUUAUCGUAGCGAAUGUCGUCGUUGAAAAUGUGUAACUCCG